AUGGAUACAUGGUCAACAAGAAGAACGUCGGGCUCCAUCAGCGACAUGGCCAUGCCUGACUACAUGUAUGCUUCUUCACAUCUGUCACGGAAAAGUCAACCAUGGAUGCCUGAAAGGUCCCAAUAUGACCAAGGCAUGAGUACAGAAUGGGAAGAUCAUCCGCCGAGGAAGGAAAAAGAGAAACAGCUCGUUGUCACCCUUCGAGAUGACCAGCUAGGGCAGAUUAUCCAAGCUAUGAGUCCACCGAAGCAGAAUCGUGAGCUAUCGCAUGGAUCGGGCAAUCAACGCCAUGAGAAUACUGGUCGCCUACCGACUGCUUACAACUACUGUCCCCCAAAGUCAGACAUCAAUCCCCCUAUCAACCGCCCGUCGUCGGCGGCCAUGGCGCGCAAGCCAUCAUACUCGGACUUCAAUAAUGCCCUACGGAACGCAUCGAAUAAGCAGUCACCAAUUAAUCAGCGGUUCCACGAUGCGAUGAAUGACAAACAGCCUACGAUGAAUCACCCUUCCUUCUCAAACAACAAAGAGAAUCGUCCACCUUCGCAAUCGCGAUUGCCUACUGCGUUUCCAAACGCGAACCGUGUUCCGACGCCGAACCCCUUCGCGCAAAGGCUUCCAACCCAUAACUCAGAUGUUUCCAUGAGAGACCCAUCUCCGGCACGUUCAAGUAUGUACAGGUUCAGUCGGAGCGAAGCGCCACCUCCGACCAUUGAGCCUGCUAAGUUUGGGUCAGCUCACGGCCCUUCAGCUGUGAACAUCAGGAGCCGGAAGGAAGGCCUGGCAUCCGACUCACCGAGGCUGUCUGAUCAAGCAAUGCGCCAUGAUCAGAGCUUGCUGCCAUCGUUAAACUCAGGUCCUCGGACUGCACACAUACCCAUCUUUGAGGAUAAAGACGACUCCUUGCACAAUACCCAGAAGAAUAUCCCUGAUGUAGUGGAGAUCAUCGAUGUGGAUGCCAUCGACCCCCACCUACACACCAAUGCUUCCUUCGAGAGUAACAAGCUCUCUCCGUUUAAGCCCUGCCACAAGACUGGAGUGUCGCUUUCAAGCAUCGACAGUACCGGCCGUCUGGAGAGACAGCUCUACAGUGCCCUUGGCGAGGAAUUGGGCAGCUUUGAACACCAUAUCGACACUACAGGCAUGGGACCUGAACUCGCACAAGCACUUGGUGGUGCCACGGCACAUUCCGACCUCAGCGGCUCCGGUAUGCUGAACCCAAACGCUCACGAAUUUGAGCCAACAAUCAAGCGGAAGAGGCAGAGUACCAUGGGUGGCAGUCGGGAGAGAAGUCCGAUGACUAAGAAAGAGAAGGCUGACUUGCGAGCUGGCGACGAGCAGGAGGAAGUGGUGGUGUGUAUGAGGGGGGAUUGA